AUGUACCUCUGCAAUGUCAGAAUCACGGGCAAAGAGAUACCGAGUGCUCUCCCAGAAACGGUCAAGAACGAAGUUUCGAGUAUGGUGGACAUUAUAUCGUUCCAGGUACCCGACACACAACCAGCCGCAGCAGCAACCCCUAGAACGAAUGUUCCUAGUUUCGAUGCGCCUCUACUCGAGAACAAAUCAGCUCCGCCAGCACCCCAGCAACCUCAACCGCAACAGCCUACCAACUCACAACUCCUCUCUCAGCUCACGGCGCAGCCUACCGGAUUUCCAUCUUUCCCCGCCCAAAACCAGGGUCUGGCCCCACAGGCGACUGGAUUCCCCGGACAACAACAGCAACAAAACCUUCAACCUCCUCAACUGGGACUCAUGAACAAUCCCCAAGCCACGGGCUAUGCCGGCCCUCGUCCCCCAAUGCCACCAAUGCCUACUGGCUUCGGAUCAAAUCUCAGUCCCUCACAGACUGGUGGGUUGGUUGCCCAGCCUACCGGAAUUCCUGGCCAAUGGGGCUUUGUCAAUGCUCCCUCAUCGGGUUUGCCAAACAUCGAUGCCUUGAAACAGCAGCUGAUGCCCCAGCCGGGUCGUGAAGGUGGAUUCUCCACGGUCGGUCUCUCCGGUAAUGCACAUAUUCCAUGGGCUAUUACAAAGGAGGAGAAACGGAUCUACGACGAGCUCUUCCGUGCAUGGGAUGGUCUGCGUAAAGGAUUCAUUGGUGGCGAUACUGCCAUUGAGAUCAUGGGUCAAAGUGGUCUAGAGAGAAAGGAUUUGGAGGCUGUUUGGACGCUAGCGGAUCCCCACAACCGCGGACGUCUUAAUAUGGAUGAGUUUGCGGUUGCUAUGCACUUGAUAUAUAGAAAGCUCAACGGCUAUCCCGUUCCCAGCCGACUGCCGCCGGAGCUCAUCCCUCCAUCCACGAGAAACCUGAAUGACUCGAUCGGCACCAUCAAGUCAAUGCUCUCUCAAGAUGCUGAGCACCGCAAAGCGACGGGUGCAUUCCUGCAGCCGCAAAAGACGGGCGUGAGUUAUCUCAAGGACCAUUCUUUUCGUGGCGGGGCAACAUCACCUGGAUUCGGCCGCAAGGAUGCUACACUUUUCAAGAACAAUGAUGACGCUUCUGCUGGUUAUCGCUCCAGCGCACGUCGUCGCGUUGGGAACAACGGGCGUACCCCCUCACCUGCUGCUUCACAGUCUUCUGAGGAGGAGCUGUCGGUUGAACAGCUAAAGAAGAAGAUCCGUGAAACACAAAUCAUGCUAGAUGCAGUUGACUUUGAAGAUGAGAAUCGCGCGGAGGAAGAGGAUGCCUUAGAUAGGCGUGAUCGUCGGGAAGCGGAAAGCCUCAUGGACAGGAUUCGACGUGUGCAGGAUGACAUUGAUACCCAUCCAAAUGCAUCACUUCGGAACCUUGACACUGGGGCCGAGAGGAGAACUCUGCGCCGCCAACUUCAGGCUUAUGAAGAUCAGGUGCCUCAGGUGGCGUCGGAAGUGAGGCGUGUGGAGCGGGAGAUCGCCGAAGCUAGACUGGAGUUGUUUCGCCUGCAAGACGCCAAGGCCCACCCGAACAGUGCUUUGAACAUCGUCGGCACUGGGCCAGGUGGUGCCGUUACAGAGGCCGAUAGGAUCAAGGCACGUGCUCGUGCGAGAAUGCAAGCCCGCGCUGCCGAACUUGCUGGAAGGCCGGCGCCUUCCACACAGAAUGACGAGGAGGCUGCUACCCGCCGCCUAGAGGGAGAGAACGCCAAGAUCAAGGCGGAGAGAGAAAAGAACGAUUCCAUGACACAGGAUGUCGAAGAAAGUGUAAAGGAUUUUGCUCGAAGCCUAGAGGACAGCCUCAAAGAAGGAGGCGAAACAUCUGCUCGUGAACACGAAAGGCGUCGCUGGGAAGACGCUCUGGGCGUCGAAGACGUCAUUCGUGACUUUAUCUAUGACUUGAAUCGCGGACGACGAACAGCGUACGCUCGGAAGGAGGAGGAGGACUCAAGAGCAUCUCCACUCGACCAGCGCAAAGAGUCCCCGGCCUCUAGCUCAACCGCUGCACGUCCGCCUCCGCCGCAGUCUGCUGGCUCGUCAAACCCCGUGUCUGGCAACACUCACGAAGACCGUGUUGCUGCUGCAAAGGAGCGCGCCCAGCGGAGGAUUGCUGAGCGAAUGGCGGCCGCCGGCCUUAAGCCUCAAAGUGACGCUACCGAGAGCCUUCUCCAGCGCCAGGAGAGAGAAAAGCGAGAGCGCGAGGAACGGCUGAAGCGGGCAGAGGAAGAAGAUGCCAAGCGUGAGCAAGAAAGACAACGUCGCAUUGCCGAGGAACAACGUCCAGCUCCCAUGCAAGCAGAAAAGCCCGCCGGCAAGAAACCACCGCCGCUGCCACCCACGCGCAAGGGUCGGACGGACAGUGCUGGCCAGGCCGAUGCCAAGAGAGCACCUGAAGAAGCCGCAAAGGCGGAACAGGCGGCGCGUGGGCAAGCCAUCAAGGAGGAGCAACAAGCCCAGGAAGAAGAGACAAGACGUCUAGAAGUCGAGGCUCAACAGCAGGAAGACGAAUUUGAGAAAGAACAGAAGGCGCAAGAAGCACGUCUUCGUGCACUUGAGGAGCAGGUCCGGCAAGGGAAGAUCAAGAAGCAGGAGGAGAAACGCAGGAGAGAAGAGGCAAAGAGAGCGGCACAGGAACAGGAGGCUAGACUUGCUCGUCAACGAGCAGAACUGGAAGCCGCCAAGGAACGAGAGCGGCAGCUUCAACGAGAACUUGAAGGUCUAGAUGAGAGCUCUUCGGAUGAUGAGGGUCCAGUAGACAUCUCUACGCCGCAGCACAGCACUCCUACGCAGAGCCAGGUUCUAUCCGCGGCAACCGCUCAGGCUCCUCAAGCUCCUGCUAGCCCUGUUGCUGCACCACCCCCCCCACCAGCUUCUGAACCCGAGCGCACUAGCACUCCCAGCUCUCCGGUCAGUCGAGCGGUGCCGCCCAGUCUGAGCCCGGAAACCGAAUCCAAGAACCCAUAUUUCAGGAAAAACCUGUCACAAUCCUCAGACUAUCCGGCUGCAACCCCCCUAGAGGCUCCUCAGGCUGCUCCCGCUGCUGCUCCUCCCAAGACGGAGUCUACCAAUCCUUUCCACCGUCUGGCCCAGCAGCAGCAGCAACAGCAACAGCAGGAACCACUCAGACCAGCAUUCACCGGUUCCGUGCCCCUGCCUCCCAGAACCCGCGCUCGCCCAGAGGCCGACGAUGACUGGUCCGCAGCUGGGUCUGACUUCGAGUCUUCCGAUGACGAGGACGAUGAUCGUGCUGGCGGCGGAAGUGCCAAGCAACUCGCAAGCAUUCUCUUUGGAACCAUGGCUCCUCCAAGGCCUUUGAGCGCUAUGGACAAUCAGUCUCCAUCCAAGUCUGCUACUCCAGUUCAGGAUAGUCCUGUGGCUCCUCCGGUUCCCGCUAUUCCCGCCGAGUUUGAGCCCGCCGUCCCUGGCGGAGCGCCACCACCGCCUCCACCACCACCUCCUCCACCUGCAGCAGCAGCUCCCCCAGCUCCCAGCUUUGAGGCGCCGACCGGUGCACCCCCUCCCCCUCCUCCGCCCCCUAUGGGAGCUCCUCCUGCUCCACCACCACCUGCUCCUGGCCCGGCUGCCGCACCCGCUGGAGCUGGUGAUAGGAGUGCAUUGCUGGCCUCGAUCCAGGCAGGCAAGGGGCUUCGAAAGGUCCAGACCAAUGAUCGGAGCACCAGUUCUUUCGCUGGUCAAGUGUUAGACUGA